AUGGCAGAACGGGCCGAUCUGGUCUUUCACAAUAAAGUGAUAAAUGGAACUGCUAUGAAACGACUUAUUAGCAGAUUAAUAGAUCAUUUCGGAAUGGGAUAUACAUCACAUAUCCUGGAUCAAGUAAAGACUUUGGGUUUCCAUCAAGCCACUGCUACAUCUAUUUCAUUAGGAAUUGAUGAUCUUUUAACAAUACCUUCUAAGGGAUGGUUAGUCCAAGACGCUGAACAACAAAGUUUUAUUUUGGAGAAACACCAUCAUUAUGGGAAUGUACACGCGGUAGAAAAAUUACGUCAAUCUAUUGAGAUAUGGUAUGCUACAAGUGAAUAUUUGAGACAAGAAAUGAAUCCUAAUUUUCGGAUGACUGAUCCCUCUAAUCCAGUCUAUCUAAUGUCUUUUUCAGGAGCAAGGGGAAAUGCAUCUCAGAUACACCAAUUAGUAGGUAUGAGAGGAUUAAUGUCAGAUCCCCAAGGACAAAUGAUUGAUUUACCCAUUCAAAGCAAUUUACGCGAGGGACUUUCUUUGACAGAAUAUAUAAUUUCCUGCUACGGAGCCCGCAAAGGAGUUGUAGAUACUGCUGUACGAACAUCAGAUGCUGGAUAUCUUACACGUAGACUUGUUGAAGUAGUUCAACACAUUAUUGUACGUAGAAGAGAUUGUGGUACUAUCCGAGGUAUUUCCGUGAGUCCUCAAAAUGGGAUGACGGAAAAGAUUUUUGUCCAAACACUAAUUGGUCGUGUAUUAGCAGACGAUAUAUAUAUCGGUCUACGAUGCAUUGCCACUCGAAAUCAAGAUAUUGGGAUUGGACUUGUCAAUCGAUUCAUAACCUUUCGAGCACAACCAAUAUAUAUUCGAACCCCCUUUACUUGCAGGAGUACAUCUUGGAUCUGUCAAUUAUGUUAUGGUCGGAGUCCCACUCAUGGCGAUCUGGUCGAAUUGGGAGAAGCCGUAGGUAUUAUUGCGGGUCAAUCAAUUGGGGAACCGGGGACUCAACUAACAUUAAGAACUUUUCAUACCGGCGGAGUAUUCACAGGCGGUACUGCAGAACAUGUACGAGCUCCUUCUAAUGGAAAAAUAAAAUUCAAUGAGGAUUUGGUUCAUCCCACACGUACCCGUCAUGGGCAUCCCGCUUUUCUAUGUUCUAUAGACUUGUAUGUAACUAUUGAGAGUCGGGAUAUUAUACAUAAUGUGACUAUUCCGCCAAAAAGUUUGAUUUUAGUUCAAAAUGAUCAAUAUGUAGAAUCAGAACAAGUGAUUGCUGAGAUUCGUGCUGGAACGUCUACUUUUCAUUUUAAAGAGAGGGUACGAAAACAUAUUUAUUCUGAAUCAGAGGGAGAAAUGCACUGGAGUACCGAUGUCUACCAUGCACCUGAAUAUACAUAUGGUAAUGUUCAUCUAUUACCAAAAACAAGUCAUUUAUGGAUAUUAGCAGGAGGUCCGUGCAGAUCCAGUAUAGUGUCUUUUUCGCUCCACAAGGAUCAAGAUCAAAUGAAUGUUUAUUCUCUUUCUGUUGAAGGAAGAUAUAUCUCUAACCCCUCAAUGACUAAUGAUCAAGUAAGACAUAAAUUGUUGGAUACUUCUGGUAAAAAAGAUAGGAAAAUUCUUGACUAUUCAAGACUUGAUCGAAUCAUAUCCAAUGGUCAUUGGAAUUUCAUAUAUCCUUCUAUUCUCCAAGAGAAUCCUGAUUUCUUGGCGAAAAAGCGAAGAAAUAGAUUCAUCAUCCCAUUACAAUAUGAUCAAGAACGAGAGAAAGAACUAAUACCCUGUUUUGGUAUUUCGAUUGAAAUACCCAUAAAUGGUAUUUUACGUAGAAAUAGUAUUCUUGCUUAUUUUGAUGAUCCACGAUACAGAAGAAGCAGUUCCGGAAUUACUAAAUAUGGGACCAUAGAGGUGGAUUCAAUCAUAAAAAAAGAAGAUUUGAUUGAGUAUCGAGGAGCAAAAGAAUUUAGUCCGAAAUACCAAACGGAAGUAGAUCAGUUUUUUUUCAUUCUCGAAGAAGUGCAUAUCUUACCGGGAUCCUCAUUAAUAAUGGUCCGGAACAAUAGUAUCAUUGGAGUAGAUACACGACUCGCUUUAAAUAUAAAUACAAGAAGCCGAGUACGCGGAUUAGUCCGAGUGGAGAGAAAAAAAAAAUAUAUUGAACUUAAAAUCUUUUCUGGAGAUAUUCAUUUUCCUGGAGAGACAGAUAAGAUAUCCAGGCACAGCGGCAUUUUUAUACCACCAGAAACGGAAAAAAAAAAUUCUAAAGAAUCAAAAAAAUGGAAAAAUUGGAUCUAUGUUCAACGGAUCACACCUACCAAGAAAAAGUAUUUUGUUUCGGUUCGACCCGUAGUCACAUAUGAAAUAUCCGAUGGGAUAAAUUUAGCAACACUUUUCCCUCGGGAUAUCUUGCAGGAAAAGGAUAAUGUCCAACUUAGAGUUGUCAAUUAUAUCCUUUAUGGAAAUGGCAAGUCAAUUCGAGGAAUUUAUCACACAAGUAUUCAAUUAGUUCGGACUUGCUUAGUAUUGAAUUGGGACCAAGAACAAAAUGGUUUUAUAGAAGAGGUUCAUGCUUCCUUUGUUGAGGUAAGGGCAAAUGAUCUAAUUCGCGAUUUCAUAAGAAUUGAGUUAGUCAAGUCCACUAUUUCGUAUACCGGAAAAAGGUAUGAUAGGGCAAGUUCCGGAUUGAUUCCCGAUAAUGGAUUAGAUCGCACCAAUAUCAAUCCCUUUUAUUCCAAGGCGAAGAUUCAAUCACUUAGCCAACAUCAAGGAACUAUUGGUACGUUGUUGAAUCGAAAUAAGGAAUGCCAAUCUUUGAUAAUUUUGUCAUCAUCCAAUUGUUCUCGAAUUGGUCCAUUCAAUAGUUCGAAAUAUAACAAUUUGACAAAAGAAUCGGAUCCCCUAAUUCCAAUUAGGGAUUCUUUAGGUCUCUUAGGCGCUAUUGUACCUAAAAUAGCGAAUUUUUAUUCAUCUUACCAUUUAAUAACUCAUAAUCAGAUCGUGUUAAAGAAAUAUUUGCUACUUGACAAUUUGAAACAGAUUUUCCAAGUACUUCAAGUACUUAAAUACUGUUUAAUAGAUGAAAAUAGGAGGAUUUAUAAUCCCGAUCCAUGCAGUAACAUCAUUUUGAACCCAUUCCAUUUGAAUUGGUGCUUUUUCCAUCAUGAUUAUUGUGAAGAGACAUCGACCAAAAUUAGCCUUGGACAAUUUAUUUGUGAAAAUGUAUGUCUAUUUAAAUACGAACCACACGUAAAAAAAUCUGGUCAAAUUUUAAUUGUUAAUGUCGACUCUUUAGUUAUAAGAUCAGCUAAGCCUUAUUUGGCUACUCCUGGAGCAACUGUUCAUGGUCAUUAUGGGAAAAUCCUUUACGAAGGAGAUACAUUAGUUACAUUUAUAUAUGAAAAAUCGAGAUCUGGUGACAUAACGCAAGGUCUUCCAAAAGUAGAACAAAUCUUAGAAGUGCGUUCGAUUGAUUCACUAUCGAUGAACCUCGAAAGGAGAGUUGAAGGUUGGAACGAACGCAUACCAAGAAUUCUUGGGAUCCCCUGGGGGUUUUUGAUUGGAGCUGAGCUAACCAUAGCCCAAAGUUGUAUCUCUUUGGUUAAUAAGAUCCAAAAGGUUUAUCGAUCCCAGGGGGUACAGAUCCAUAAUAGACAUAUAGAGAUUAUUGUACGUCAAGUAACAUCAAAAGUGUUGGUUUCAGAAGAUGGAAUGUCUAAUGUUUUUUCGCCUGGAGAAUUAAUCGGAUUGUUGCGAGCGGAACGAGCAGGGCGUGCUUUGGACGAAUCGAUCUGUUAUCGGGCAAUCUUAUUGGGAAUAACAAGAGCGUCUCUGAAUACUCAAAGUUUCAUAUCCGAAGCAAGUUUUCAAGAAACCGCUCGAGUUUUAGCAAAAGCUGCUCUACGAGGUCGUAUUGAUUGGUUGAAAGGCCUGAAAGAGAACGUUGUUCUGGGGGGGAUUAUACCUGUUGGUACCGGAUUCCAAAAAUUUGUGCACCGUUCAAGGCAAGACAAAAACAUUUAUUUGGAAAUCAAAAGAAAAAAUCUAUUCGAGUUGGAAAUGAGAGAUAUUUUGUUACACCAUAGAGAAUUAUUUUGUUCUUGCGCGACAAACAAUUUCCAUGAGACAAAUUUACAUGAGACAUCAGAACAAUCAUUUAUGCGAUUUAAUGAUUCCUAA